UCAGCGGAGUGUCGUCUCUGAGAGCGGAACACUUUUAUGGCGGCGGACACAAAGAGCUGACGGUCGCAGCGCAGCAGCACAGUCGGGACAAGAGCCUCUGUACGCGGCCUGAACAGCGUCGAAGCUCCGCAGAAACAACCUCCGCCCACUUUGAUGCCCGUCACUCUCUCCGCGGGAGUCUGUCGUCGACCGGAAAGUGACCGUUAAACUUUGGAAAAGUUGGGAUAGAGUUUGAGUUUGAGCCGCGCCGUGAUUUUUCUGUCGGAGAUCAAAAUGAGAGUGAUCCGGGCUCUGGUGGCCUGGAGCUGGGUGGCGGCGGUGUGUGUCCGCGCUGCCAUGGACGAGUGUUCGGACGAGCAGGGCCGAGCGCAGCGCUGCCUGCCCGAGUUCGUCAACGCCGCGUUUAACGUAACGGUGGUGGCGAGCAACACCUGCGGCUCUCCACCCGAGGAGUACUGCGUCCAGACCGGCGCCACCGGGGUCACCAAGUCCUGCCACAUCUGCGACGCCCGGGACCCGCGGAACCACCACAGCGCCGUCUACCUGACCGACUACAACAACCAGCAGGACACAACCUGGUGGCAGAGCCAGACCAUGUUGGCGGGUAUCCAGUACCCGAACACCAUCAACCUCACCCUGCACCUCGGUAAAUCCUUCGACAUCACCUACGUCCGCCUCAAGUUCCACACCAGCCGACCCGAGAGCUUCGCCAUCUACAAGAGGAGCAGAGAGGACGGACCCUGGGUCCCGUACCAGUUCUACAGCGGCUCCUGUGAGAAGACGUAUCACAAACAGAGUCACGUCUUCAUCCGCACCGGAGACGACGAGCAGCAGGCGCUCUGCACCGACGACUUCAGCGACAUCUCGCCGCUCACCGGAGGAAACGUGGCCUUCUCCACACUGGAGGGACGACCCAGCGCCUACAACUUUGACCACAGCCCCGUCCUCCAGGACUGGGUGACGGCCACUGACAUCAAAGUGACCCUGAACAGACUCAACACGUUUGGAGACGAAGUCUUCAACGACCCCAAAGUCCUCAAGUCCUAUUACUACGCCAUCUCUGACUUUGCUGUGGGAGGAAGGUGUAAGUGUCACGGUCAUGCCAGUGAGUGUGUGAAGAACACCGCAGGUCGUCUGGUGUGCGACUGUAAACACAACACAGCGGGCGAUGACUGUAACGUGUGCAAAGCGUUUUUUAACGAUCGUCCAUGGAGACGAGCGACGGCCGACAGCGCUAACGAGUGUUUGCCCUGUGACUGUAACGGGAAAAGUUCCGAGUGUUACUUCGAUGCCGAGCUCUACCGCGCCAUGGGUCACGGUGGUCACUGCAGGAACUGCGCCGACAACACGGACGGCCCCAACUGCGAGCGUUGCCUCGACAACCACCACAGAGACGAGAGCGGCAGCCGCUGUCUGUCCUGCAGCUGCAACGCUGUGGGCUCCAUGUCUCCUCAGUGUGAUCACAGAGGGAUGUGUGCGUGUAAACCUGGUGUGACGGGAGAGAAGUGUGACCGCUGUCAGCCGGGAUAUCACAGUCUGACAGAGGCUGGCUGCAGAGCGUGCUCUUGCUCGCCUUCUGGCAGCACUCAGGAGUGUGACGUGAACACAGGUCAGUGUCGCUGUAAAGACAACGUGGAGGGCUUCACCUGUGACAGGUGUAAACUGGGCUUCUUUAAUCUGGAUCAGAUGAACCCUCUUGGAUGUACUCCGUGCUUCUGUUUCCAGCACUCGUCUGUGUGUGACAGCGCCGACGGCUUCAGCGUUCACACCAUCAGCUCCUCCUUCCACACAGAUGAUGAACAGUGGACAGCUCAGCAGCGUGAUGGAUCCAGUGUCUCUGUCCUCUGGUCACCAAGUGAACAGGAAAUCUCCCUCAUGUCUGAUAAUUAUUUACCCAUGUACUUCAUCGCGCCAGGAAAGUUCUUGGGGAACCAGAUGCUGAGUUUCGGACAGAACCUGACACUGAGUUUCCGGGUCGACCGUCGCGACACUCGUCUGUCGGCGGAGGAUCUGGUUCUUGAGGGAGGCAGCCUGAGAGUGGCCGUCCCCCUUAUUGCCCAGGGCAAUGCCUACCCCAACGAGAACAUGCAGACAUACGUGUUCAGGCUCCAUGACAGCACAGAUUAUCCCUGGAGGCCGACCAUCAGCCACUCCGACUUCCAGAAACUUCUCCACAACCUGACGGCCGUGAAGAUCCGGGGCACCUACAGCGAGAGGAGUGCUGGUUACCUCGACGACGUCUCCUUGGUGACAGCAAGGCGUGGUCCAGGUGUCCCCGCCCGUUGGGUGGAGCAGUGCACGUGUCCUCAGGGUUACCAGGGGCAACACUGUGAGCAGUGCACUCUGGGAUUCCGGCGUGGACAACCUGAGCUCGGAUCGUUCAGCUCCUGUGAAGCGUGUAACUGUAACGGACACAGCGACGCCUGCAACCCUGACACAGGAGCAUGUGACUGUCAGCACCACACGUCAGGUUUAAGCUGUGAACGUUGUAAAGAUGGUUUCUAUGGCGACGCCGCUCAGGGAACAGUGGACGACUGUUCGCCAUGUCCGUGUCCGACCGGCGCCACCUGUGCUGUCGUCCCCAAGACCAGAGAGGUGGUUUGUACCAACUGUCCUGUGGGAACCACAGGUAAGCGCUGUGAGCUGUGUGAUGAUGGUUUCUUUGGCGACCCUCUGGGUGAGAGUGGAGUGGUCAGGACGUGCAGAGUGUGUAAGUGCAGUGACAACAUCGACCCUAACGCCGUGGGCAACUGUGACCGUGAGACGGGCGAGUGUCUGAAGUGCAUCUACAACACGGACGGCUUCUUCUGCGACCGCUGCAAAGACGGUUUCUAUGGCAACGCCCUGGCCGCCAACACCGCUGACAAGUGCAAACCCUGCUCCUGUUCUGUCUUUGGGACAGUGGGAGGACAGUUGUCUUGCUCUCAGGUCACAGGACAGUGUCCAUGUCUUCCUAACGUGUCUCAGCGUGACUGCAGCGCCUGUGAACUCGGCUUCUUCAACCUGCAGAGUGGCAGCGGCUGUGAACGGUGUAACUGUAAUCCCAUUGGCUCCACUGAUGGUCAGUGUGACAUCAUCAGUGGUCAGUGUGAGUGUCAGCCCGGCAUCAGCAGCCUCCACUGCGACCGCUGCGAGGUCAACUUCUUCGGCUUCAGUUCGUCCGGCUGCAAACCGUGCGACUGUGACCCUGAAGGCUCUCAGUCGUCUCAGUGUAAAGACGACGGUCGCUGCGAGUGUCGGCCCGGCUUCGUCGGCGCUCGCUGUGACAUGUGUGAGGAGAAUUACUUCUACAACCGCUCAGUGCCGGGAUGUCAGCAGUGUCCGUCCUGCUACAGUCUGGUCAGAGACAAGGUGAACCAGCAGAGGCAGAAACUUCACGACCUUCAGACGCUCAUCGAUAACCUGGGCUCCGGUCAGGAGACGGUCAGCGACGCAGCGUUUGAAGAUCGACUCAAGGAGGCGGAGCGAGCCAUCAUGGAGCUGCUGGAGGAGGCGGAGACUAGCAGAGAUGUUGACCGAGGCCUGCUGGAGCGUCUGAACACCAUCAACAACACGCUGACCACGCAGUGGAACCGCCUCCAGAACAUCCGCAGCACCGUGGAUGACACUGGCGCUCAAGCUGACCGCGCCCGCAACCGAGUCCGCGACGCCGAGAGUCUGAUCGACCGAGCGCGGCAGGAGCUCGACAAGGCCAAGGACGCCGUCAGCAAAGUGGACAUCAAACCACCAGGAGGCAGUGGCGAGCCCAACAACAUGACACUGUUAGCAGAGGAAGCUCGACGACUGGCUGAGAAACACAAGAUGGACGCCGAUCAGAUCGAGAAGAUCUCCAGAGACGCCAACGAGACGUCGACCAAAGCGUACAACGUUCUGCUGAAGACGCUGGACGGAGAGAGCAAGACCAGCCAGGAAGUGGACGAGCUCAACAAGCGGUAUAAUGAGGCGAAGGACCUGGCCAAGAACCUGGAGAAACAGGCCAACAAGGUCCAGGCGGAGGCCGAGGACGCAGGAGACAAAGCUCUGAAGAUCUUCGCUAACUUGACCAGUUUACCGCCGUUUGACACAAAAGCUCUGGAGGAGGAAGCGGGAAAGAUCAAGAAAGAGGCAUCAGAUCUGGACAAACUGAUCGACAAGACGGAGGCAGAGUACAACGACCUCCGAGACGACCUGAAGCUGAAAGAGCAGGAAGUUCGUAAACUGCUGGAGAAGGGCAAGAGUGAGCAGCAGACAGCAGAUCAGCUGUUAGCUCGAGCCAACGCCGCUAAAGCGUUAGCUGAGGAGGCGGCGAAGAAAGGACAGUCCACGUUUAAAGAAGCCGAGGGAAUUCUCAACGACCUCAGAGAUUUUGAUCAGAGAGUCAACGACAACAAGACGGCGGCGGAGGACGCCAUGAAAAAGAUCCCCGCCAUCAACGCCACCAUCUUGGCUGCCAACGAGAAGACCCGGCAGGCGGAGGCAGCGCUCGGCAACGCCGCCGCCGACGCCCGGGAGGCCAAGAACAAGGCGGAGGAUGCGGAGAAGAUCGCCAGCAACGUCCAGAAGGGCUCCGCCCAGACCAAGGAGGACGCAGAGAAGGCGUUCCAGGAUGCCAACAAGCUGGACGACGAGGUGGACGACAUGAUGGAUCAGCUGAGCGCCGCCGAGCAGGAGCUGGCGAGAAAGAAGGCGGAGGCCGACGACGACAUGAUGAUGGCGGGAAUGGCGUCCAGCAGCGCCAAGGAGGCUGAGGACAACGCACGCAAGGCCAAGAGCGCCGUGAAGGUGGUCCUGAGCACCAUCACCGCCCUGCUAGAUCAGCUGGGCAACAUCGAUAAGGUGGAUCUGAGCAAACUGAACCAGAUCGACGAGUUGCUGAAGAGCGCCAAGAACAAGAUGGCCGACAGUGACCUGGACAGGAAGUUGUUGGAGCUGAACGACAUGGCGCAGAAUCAGGAUAACAUGAUCAAGGAAUACGAGAUGCAGAUCAGCGGCAUCCAAAAAGACAUCAACAACCUCAAUGACAUCAAGAACACGUUACCCGAAGGCUGCUUCAACACACCGUCUCUGGAGAGGCCAUAAGCCCCGCCCCCUCCCCUCACACGCCCCUCCCCCUCCACAUCUAACACUCCGGCAAACACGCUGACUUUUACCAAAACCUUUUUUUUUUUAACUUUUCUUUUCAACAUUCUUGUGUUUUCUUUUACGAGAGAGAAACCGACGUUUGAGAAAUCCACGGUCGCGUUUUAACGAGAGAAAAGCAGCUGCUGUCGUUUCCACGGCAACCACGCGGUCACAACACCAUGAACUCACCGGUGAACAGAGGUCGCGCUGAGGUCAACGAACUUCAGAAAAAAAGAGAAAAAAACACAAUCCCGACAUGACUGCACCCGCCCGCUCCAUGACAGGAAGCUCCGCCCACAUAGUGAACCACCACUUCCUGCCGUCAGAGCGUCACACGUGAAGGAAUCCUCCAACGCAACGCUUUGCUUUUUUCACCUGCUGUCACUGAUGUUGUCUCUUUUGUCUUCUCGUCUUUUGUUGUUGACGUGAUCUUUCUUUUCUCUUGUUAUCUCUUUUGUCUUCUGUUUUGUUAUUAUUCUGUGAUCUUGUCCCUGAAAGUGACGUGUGGGAUAAAAAAAAUAACAGGCGACGUUUCCGUGUGUGCCACCAUGUGCCCGUGCCGCUCCGUGUGCGUGGCGCCCCGUGAGUGUGUGGCGCCGCGUGUGCGUGCUGCCACCCACUGUGGCUUCCACCAAUCACGUGUCGGCGUCUCGUCCUCCAGCUAAAAUCCAACACUAUGCAACUUUGUACAUUUGCGUAGCGAGAGUUUUCUCUGAUACACUGGUGCUAAUAAUAAUUAUUAUUUCAAGUGUUUUUAUUUUUGAGUGAAUGUUUUUUAUUUGUGUAAAUAUGACGACAAACGUCGCAUCACGUUCAAUCACAAUCAACGGAAACCUCCUGGUUAAUAUAUACAUGUUUCUAUGGUAACGACGUCUGUGGUAUGUUUAUUACUAUAUUAUUAUUAUUAUUAUUAUCAAUAUUUCAUCUGUGUGUUAUUGAUUAUUUUCACACGUUAAUUCAACAUAACUGAUUUGUUUAGCGUUGACCCAUUAACCAAUCAGUGCACAUUUGAAAGUGGCCGUCGUCCACGCCAAGUUAUUUUGUAACGAGCUCGGUCACAUGUUGCGACAUAGUUUCCUGUUUGAAUUUGUGUUUUGUGCCUUAAUCUAAAGUCGGGUCGUAACCAUGGCGACUCCAGCUUCGAUGUCACACCGCUCGGUCCGACCGCUCUCUUCUCCCUCCAUCCAUGCGGUGGCGCUGCACGACGCAGCACACACACACACACACACACACUCAUGAUGUAUAAACAGUAUUUUAAGUUAUAAUGUACCAGUUAUUUGUGUGUAACUUUGUGUUUGAUGCUUAUGUGCUGCGUCGCCUGCAUGGCCCCUCCCCCUCUGUUCUGUCACAAUGACAUCACGAUGAUGUCGUCAUGUUUCCACCUGUGACGACCCCAGUUUGACCCUGCGUGUCCACAUGUGCCUGUAAAUCGUAACAUUUGAAUAAUUAAAAGUUUACUACAUGAA